AUGAGUAUUUCCUCAAGAUUAUUGUGUCAAAAAACAUGGAAAAAAUUAACUUUUAUAAAAUUAUUAGGUAAAGAACCUAAAGCUCUCUCAACCUUGGCACAACCAAAAGAUGAUAGAGUAGAUGACGAUAAUGAUUCCCAAACUCAACCUAAUAAUGAAUCAACCAAAUCUGAAUCAUUUACACAUUACAGAUUUAUAUAUCCUGAAUUUUUACCAGAUCCUAAUCCAUUAUAUCGUCAGAGUAUGAGAGAGAAAUUAGAACGCAUGGAUAUGUUGAGUAGAAGAUCAGUAAUAAGUAUUCCUGAAUUUUAUGUUGGUUCAAUAUUAGCAGUAACUUAUUCAGAACCACAUGCAGUUGAAAAACUAAAUAGAUUUGUUGGUAUAUGUAUAUUAAGAGAGGGCUGUGGUUUAAGAAGUUCAUUUCUUUUAAGAAAUGUUGUUAACGGGGAAGGUGUGGAAGUACGUUAUGAUUUAUAUGAUCCUGCUAUUCAGAAAAUUGAUUGUUUGAGGUUAGAAAGAAGAUUAGACGAUGAAUUACUUUACCUCAGAGAUGCACCAUUAGAAUAUAGUACAUUUCCUUUUGAUAUGGAAAUAGAAACAACAGUUUCACAAUCUGUCCCAUUAAAUGAUAUUAAAGUCCCUCUUAAGCCAUUACCUUGGUCAGAGAAAUGGGAACGUAAAAAUUUAAAAGGAAUUAAAGAUAUAGUUGUUAAUGAAAGACGUCGAAAAAAGGCAGCAGCUCUCGCUAAACCAUGGGAGAAAUAUGAUUUGAUGAAAACCUACAGGGAGACCAUCCCAGAAGAGGAACAAAAUGAAAUAUUUUCAGAUGUACAUACAGAACUUCGUCACUUAGAAAUACAGAAGACUAUAUUAAAACGCAAAUAUAUGUUACAAAGAAGUAAACCAACUUCAUAAAUAUUUUUUAAAAUUAUUAAUAAAAAUUUGUUUUCCAAUUA